AUGGAUGUAGCAUACGACCACAUCCAAGAGGAAAGUCUCGCCUCCUCCGGCAACCCCCAUGAUUCCGACAGCCCCGGCGAGCCAUCUUCAUCUUCCGGCCAGCGGCUGGACUUAACUAGCGAAUUUCAAGACUCCCUUCGUCUGUUAUCAGCCCAGCCCUGGGGUGCCCGCCUUGGUGGGCUAUGGAGCAAUGUCCGGAAGCAGUCAGAGACGUAUUACGAGGGUGCUCGCCAGGAGUACAACGCAGCGAGUGAGGAAGCCAUCAGGGGAUUUACUGGGCUUAGAGCAAGCUUAAUCGACCGAACGAGAGGCCUUUCGAUUAGCGGACUAAGCGCAACUGAUGAAACGGAUCAAGCGGUUGGAGAUAGAGAAGGGUCAUCAACGGCAGACGAUGCCGCAACCAUAAAGCCAAGUGACAAGGCAGGUACUGGAAGCGAUAGUGUGGACGCAGAUGGCGAAGGAUUUAUUUCACGGUUCCGUUCAGAGGCUGCCAAACGACUAAAGGACCUCGAGAAGGCUGAGGAUGCAGCAGACGAAGCUCUACUGAAGUUUGGCACAAAUAUUCGAAACUUCCUACGUGAGGCUGUCAGCAUUGCCCCGCCGAGUUCUACAGACGAGAAAACGGAUGGAAAGGUGCUUUUUGAGAGCAGAGACUCGGACGGCAAGAGGGUCAUUCAUACUACUCGUUUUGAGGCUCAGCUUCAUGCCAUACAUUCUAGCCUACAAGGGUUCUCAGAAGACCCUGCUAGCAAGGAGUGGGAUGCGUUCAAGGAUAAUUUCGAAGUUGACAAAAAGACAGAAAGCAUUGCAGCAGAUUUAGAAAAAUACCCUGAACUUCGUAAGGCAAUGGAGUCACUCGUCCCCGAGAAAGUCGAGUACGGCGACUUCUGGCGUCGAUAUUACUUUCUACGGCUUGUGAUUGAGACAGAGGAGAAGCGACGAAAGGACUUGCUCAAGGUAUCUACGGACGAGGACGAAGAGGUCGCAUGGGAUGAAGAUUCCGACUCAGAUUCCCCUGCUACUCCACAAGCUGCAUCCCCCUCUAAACCGUCUAGUAACACACCAAGCAAUGAACAUUUACAAGCCGAGGAGCCGCGCCGUUCGAAUGACCUCCAAUCUCAAGCUGGAAGUGAUGCAAGCUACGAUCUUGUCAGCGGUGCCACGAGCCAUUCUGCUAACAGCCCAAAGGAGAAUAAAACCGGCACACCAGCAAAGGACGACGAUAGCGAUGAGGAAGACUGGGAGUAA